CCUCCAGCCCGCCCUAGCACGAUAUAAAUGCCGGUGUCACAUCACAGCGGUCCACUCUAACUUGUUGCACUUUCGCGCGUUCCAAGUUUGAAAAGUUCGUUCGUUCCGUUCCGAAACAAGCAGCAAAGUAUCUUCAAGAUGAUGAGCAAACGCAUUGCCGUUGUUCUUGCCUUAGUCGUCGCCGUGGUGUGCUUGGCUGAAGCCCGCGAGGAGGGACCCAGUGCUCACGAGAUGGCUGAUGCUCUACGCGUACUCCAGGAACUUGAUCGCUACUAUACACAGGCUGCUAGACCUAGGAUUGACCGCCGCGACGUCGCGGAUGGGGACCGAGUCGACCCAGAAUUGUUAGAUCGCGCGAUGCGGCUCAUCCAGCUGCAGAACCUAGACCGCAUUUACUCCUACCACACCCGACCAAGGUUCGGCAAACGCUCAGAGGCGUUCACCAACUGGGCCAAGGACACGGAAAAACCGGACUUACCCGCUUGGCUGUCGUACGCACGAAGGAGAUGAGGGGUGCAACAGUCAUUGGAUCUUCAUUAAAGUCUAAUCAAUGUUCAUGAUCACACCCUAUUGUAUUGGACUCAGUGUUAACAAUCUUUUGAAUUAUAAUUACAUUAUUUGUCGUCGGUUAAGUAAGAUUUGUUGUCAUUAGUGGUUUGGUAUCAUCAACGUAAAUAUGUCUAUCGGAAUAUCCGAAAUAAGUGAGGGUAGAGUGAUUCUAACGAAUUUAUUAUUUUGAUAGCAUAUCUCUUUAGUUUCAGUUGGAUAUUUCGAAAGAUGUAAAUCUUCACUAUAGUUAUAAAUAUAGGUUGAAAAUAGGCUGGGUUUCAAUCUGAAUUUACUAAUAACGACUUACUAUUCUAGUACGUAUGAAUUUUUAUGUAGUAAUUCCUUGAAUUUUGAGAUGUAGAAUCUGUAUUGUUUCUAACAAUUUCGGAUAUCCAGGGAAUUAAUAAUGAUCACGAUAAAUGUAAUUUAUGUUAAAAUAAGGAGCGGUUAAAUAAUUCAGUUGCCCUUUUCCCAGUGAAUUAUUAAUCCGAAACGCUUUCUAACUUAUGAAAAUAAAAAUCAUUUUCUUCCUUAUCUACUUUAUCAAAGAAAUAUUUGAAUAUUAUUGUUUUUAUAAUAAACCAAUAUGAUAGUAUAAUAAAUUUCUGAGUAAUCAUUUGAACCCAAUCCGCUGUACCUUGGAUAAAAAUAAUUAUUGUAAUUAACUGUAAUGUUAUUAAAUACAAGCAAUUAAGAAAAUGUAAUAAUAAUUUGUUGUUUUAUU